AUCUAAGGGGAACGCCCCAUUGGUUGAACAGAGGCAGAACACAGGGAAAUGAAACUAACCCUGUCACGCAGCCAUGGCCGCAGACAGCUCUGUACUAAGUCUCCAGGAUGAACUCUCUUGUUCCAUCUGCCUGGAGUAUUUCAAAGAGCCGGUGUCUAUCCACUGUGGGCACAACUACUGCCGAGCCUGCAUCAGUCAGUGCUGGGGGGAGACAGAUACAAACUUCACCUGCCCGCAGUGCAGAGAAACCGCCCAGCAGAAGCUUUUCAGGCCCAACAGGGAGCUGGGGAAAGUUGUGGAAAUAGCCAGGCAGCUGAGUUUCCAGGUCAAAAUAACCGCAGGAGGGGAGCAAGGGUGUGAGCUACACCGGGAGGCCCUGAAACUCUUCUGUGACACGGAUCACCAACUGAUUUGUGUGAUCUGCAGAGAGUCGCAAGUUCACAGAGCUCACACUGUUUUCCCAGUAGAGGAGGCCGCCCAGCAGUACAAGAAACAAAUCCAGACCCAGCUGCAGACUCUGAAGGAAGAGAGAGAAAAGCUCCUGGGGUUGAAAGUGUCAACAGAAGGGAGAAGCCGGGAGUAUCUGGUACGUGUCCACUGUUAUCAGCCUUCAGAGACAUGGGGUGGGAGUCUGUCUCCCUGGAUGUGUGUGGGGAUGGGUGUGUGUGUGUCUCUGGGAUCGCGGGGAACCAAUACACAAGUCAGUUCCUGCCUGGGGAUGGUCUCACAUGGCUUAAACUGACCUUUGCCCUCCCUG